UUUUCUGGUGGGAAGUGGGUCUACUACUAAAUGACACAUUUUUUUUAACCAUCUACUCUCGUGCUUCGAGCUUCUGUCUCGUGAGUUUUUAUUAUAUUAUAUUUUCAUUAACAGUGGAGGCAGUACUCGGAGUGAGUCAGGUCAGGUACCAUCACUAGUAGUUCUUUACAUCUGCACUAUCUCUUUUCCUCUUCUUGCAAGCAUUGGAUCGGAUUCUCAAAAGAAGAGGAGAAAACAAAGAGAAGAAGAAGAAGAAUGGAGAAAGAGAUUUAUACAAGACAUCUAUCAAGAGAAGGGACAGGAUGUGUUUGGUUGUUUAUGAACAUGUUUGAUCUCAGGCAUGGUGGAUCUAACCAUAAGCUUUUGCUGGAUAGGAAACGUGGAAGCAAACGUAUCACAGGUACUGAGACUAAGGUAGAGAAGCAGCUUACCUGUGACUGUGACUGUGAGAAGAGUGUUAAGAAACUCAUUGAAGAGGAGAUUGAUGAGAAGACUCACCAAAAGUGUGAUACUACUGAAUGCAGAGGAAGGACAAAGGCAAGAAACAAGAAGAUGAGAAGUAGAACCUGCAGCAAAACCAAUGAGGACAUCAAUGCUUUGAUCACUGGUGAUGAUGAUCAUGCAGAGAAGAAACCAGAUGACCAGUGUCCAAGAACUUCUCAGAGCGAUGCUGAUUCAAUAAAUAAUGAUGAUUCCGAAGAGAAGUUCAGUGAGUUGAUAAAGCGUUUGAUAGCUCAGAAGGAAAGCGAGGUAGAGAGCUGCAAGAGCCUUGUGGAUGAUGAUGCUAAAGAAGAAGGAUCAUCAUUCCUAAACAUUGCUACUUCACCAGUUUCUGAAGAUUCUUCAAAUGAAAGCAGAACACAAACAAUUGUAGUAUUGAAGCCUGAGCCAAGUUGUUUUGAUCUUGUUUCAUCACCUGGAAGACAUGCUACAAGAAACAAGUCCAAGAAAGAAAGAUUCGGUUCUCGCUUCACUCUCAGUAGAAUCAGAAGAAGACUAAAGUCUCCAAAGAGUCCAUGCAAUGCUCAACAUGAAUCUGAUCAAGAUCCAGAUGCAUUGUCAUCACCUAACAUGAGUCAAAACUCUUGUUUGGAAGAGGAGAUAGAUACUAGUUCCAGGCGACAUGAUGUUUCAGAUGGAGAAGUAUUGCCUGAAGCUAAUAAUGAUGAAGGUUCAAAGAAGAGUAUGUGUGGGAUAUACAUUGCAGCCAAGAAACACCUCUCUGAGAUGCUAGCGGAAGGAGGCAUAGAUGUUGAUCCACAUGAUAAGGAAGUGCCAAGAAUCCUUGGGAAGAUUCUUGCUCUCCCUCAGUUCUCCACACCAGAAAACAGUCCAAGAAUUUCGACAAUGGCUCAUGAUGUUGUUGAACAUCAGAUAACCGAGAAACCGAAUAUUCAAGAAAGCAGUUCAGAAGAUUACUCUGAGACACUUGGAUUGGAUUCAAACAAACAUGAAGAAACAGCUUCUACAGCAGGUCUUGAUGAAGACAAGUUUGAAACUCAUGAUGAAAAUGAGAAUACACAACCCUUGGACAAGGAAACAUAUGAAGAGAAACAUUCACCUUGUUCACCACCAAGUUCUUCAGUAAAAAUGUCUGAGUGCCAAGACAAUGCCACUGAUGUGCCAGGAAAAUCAAGUCCUGUGUCUGUUCUUGAGCCUUUCUUUACAGAUGAUGACACAAGUCCAAGUACCUCCAGGUUCUCUUCAGUUGAAAUGAGGUUGAAACCUCUGUGCAUAAGAUUCGAAGAACCUGACUCUCCAAGACCUGAGAAAGACAACAAUCCCAAAACUAGAAUGGAUGAUAAAGAAUUGGCACUUGCAUACAUUCAAGAAGUGGUGACAUCCUCAGAGUUAAACUGGGAAGAGCUUUUAGCCAGAUCUUUUUACUCAGAGCAGGUUCUUGAGCAGGCUCUAAUGGAUGACAUAGACUUCUGCUCCACAACCUUCUGCAACGAUAAGAAACUCCUCUUUGACUGCAUCAAUGAAGUUCUUAUGGAGUUUUGUAGGCAUGGUCCUUGGAUCUCAUUAUCCAAACCUGCAGUCCGGUUUUGUGGUCCAGACAUGGAGAAUGCUGUUGAAGUGGUGCAAGAAGAGGUUUACUGGCAUCUCUUACCUUUGCCUUCUCCUCACACUUUGGACCAGAUAGUGCGCAAAGAUCUGGCUAGGACUGGAUGCUGGAUGGACCUCAGAUUCGAUAUCGGCUGCAUCGGUUAUGAAGCAGGUGAAUUAAUCCUUGAAGAACUAUUGGAGGAGAUUAUCAGCAGCUUCACAGACUUGUUCCAGUAAACAAAACAUCAAUGCACAUGAUCAUCAAGAGGCUCCUUUGUUUACUAUGUAUAGUUUCACUUCCACUUCCAUGUAUAAGCACUAGUUUUACUUAUUGUGCAGAUACAUACAGUCACAGCUUUUAAUACCCCCCAAAGACUGUAAAACUCUUUUUUUUUUCUGUAGAGUUAUGUGUUCUGUUGUGAAUGUUAAGCUGUAUGUUGUUGUUAUAUGAGGAUGAAUAAGAUGAGGCUUGAACUUCA